AUGUUUCCAUUGAUUCUACUAUCUGGUUUUAUUACCUGCGCCUUGAGUGUCCCUCAUCAUUAUGUCUUUGUGAAUGAAUCCAGGACUUGGGCAGAAGCUCAGAGAUACUGUAGAGAUAAAUACACUGAUCUGGCCACCAUUGAAAAUGAACAACAGACAGUCCAGUUGCUUGACACAGUGAAUGAUGAUUCCAUUGAUUUGGCCUGGAUUGGAUUCUAUGAUGAUCUGAACAGUUGGAAAUGGACACUAGAGGAUAGUGAUUUCUUCAAGGUGGGAGAGAAAGACUUUAGGAACUGGUAUAACCCAGGACCAGACAAUUAUGGAGGACAAAGUAUGUGUAUGAUUAUGUACAGUGGUACAUGGUAUACGACAUACUGUUUCGAACUAUCAUCUUUUAUCUGCUAUGAUGGAAGACAGAAUGGCAGUGCUAGUUAUGUGUUUGUCUACCAGGACAAAAACUGGACUGAAGCACAGAGAUACUGCAGAGAACAUCACACAGACCUCGUCAGUAUCAGGAAUGAGACUGAAAACUUCAAACUUCAAUCAUUAUUUUCAUAUUAUAACUCUUUUUGGAUCGGACUGUACAGAACCAGAUCUUGGUCAGAUCAGAGCAACUCAUCAUUCAGUAACUGGAGAAUAGGACAGCCAGAUAAUGCUGGAAACAGUGAAUACUGCACUGCAGUGUCAUUUAGUGACUCUGGGAACUGGACAGAUGAAAACUGCAACACCGCAUUACCUUUCUUUUGCUACAGUGUUGUAUCUUUGAUAUCUUCCCGCCAAUAUCACUUUCUGUCUGAGAAUAAGACCUGGACUGAAGCUCAGAGAUACUGCAGACAGAAUUACACUGAUCUGGCCACCAUUGAGAACAUGGAGGAAAUGAACAGACUUAUUAACACAGUUAAUGGGAGUUACAAUGGUUCAGCCUGGAUUGGACUGUAUGAUGAUGUGAACAGCUCGAGAUGGUCACUGGAAGACAAUGAUUUUAUCAGGAAGGAGAGAGAGAUUUUCAGAAACUGGUAUCGUGAACCAGACAACUAUGGUGGAAAACAAUUGUGUGUUUACAUGGAUUAUGCUGGGAACUGGUUUGAUAUAUCAUGUGACAACACGCUGCCAUUCAUUUGCUAUGAUGGUAGAGUGAAUGCCAUUCAGAGUUUUAUCAGAAUUAAUAAUGGGACAAACUGGGCAGAGGCUCAUAGAUACUGCAGAGAUCAUUACACAGAUCUUGUUAAUGUGAGAAAUCAGACUGAGAACCAGAGGAUCCUUGAGACAGCAGGUGGAGGAGUCUGGAUAGGACUGUACAGAAACAGGAUUUGGUCUGACCGUCAGAUUACCAAAUAUGAAGACUGGAGACCAGCCAUUCCAUAUUCACCACAACAACCAGAUAAUGGUUAUGGCCAGUGGAAUAUUCCACAUUGUACUGCUGUAUUAUUCAACCAAUCAGGCCGAUGGAUUGAUGAGGUCUGCUUAUUCAGCAUGCCUUUCAUUUGCUACAACAGAAUCUGCUCCAAAUCUUCAUGCACCCGUCAGUAUCACUUGGUGUUUGAGUCUAAAACCUGGACUGAAGCUCAGAGAUACUGCAGACAGAAUUACAUUGAUCUGGCUACCAUUGAGAACAUGGAGGAAAUGAAGAGGCUCAUUAAAACAGUACGUAGGACUUUCUAUGGCUCAGCUUGGAUUGGUUUGUAUGAUGAUCUGAACAGCUGGAGAUGGUCUCUGGAUAAUACAGCGUUAGAGGGAGGAUUUAAAAGCUGGUUUGUUCAGCAGCAAGUGAACUCAGGUGGACAGAGUCUGUGUGUUUACAUGUCAUAUCAUAAGGGAAGAUGGGAUGAAAACUUUUGCAUGCAAACACUUCCCUUUGUUUGCUAUGAUGGAAGAACAAAUGCUACUGGACAUUAUGUGGUUAUUUACCAUAACAAAACCUGGACUGAGGCUCAGAGUUACUGCAGAGAACAUCACACAGACCUCAUCAGUAUCAGGAAUGAGACUGAAAACUACAGGGUUCAGUCAUUAAUUUCAUCUAAUUCAGGUUUUUGGAUUGGACUGUACCGAACCAGAUCUUGGUCAGAUCAGAGCAAUUCUUCAUUUAGUAACUGGAGAACAGGACAACCAGAUAAUGCUGGAAACAGUGAAUACUGCACUGCAGUGUCAUUUAGUGACUCUGGGAGCUGGACAGAUGAAAACUGCAACACUGCAUUACCUUUCAUUUGCUACAGCGCAUUAGCAUCGUCUCGUCAGUAUCACUUUGUGAAUGAGUCUAAGACCUGGACUGAAGCUCAGAGAUACUGCAGACAGAAUAACACUGAUCUGGCCACCAUUGAGAACAUGGAGGAAAUGAACAGACUGAUUAACACAGUUAAUGGGAGUUACAAUGGUUCAGCCUGGAUUGGACUGUAUGAUGAUGUGAACAGCUGGAGAUGGUCACUGGAAGACAAUGAUUUCUAUCAGGAAGGAGAGAGAGAUUUCAGGAACUGGUAUCAUGAACCGGACAACAGCUGGGGGAAUAAUCUGUGUGUAUACAUGAAUUAUUAUGGAAACUGGUUUGAUGCACCCUGUGACAUAGAUGUGAAUACAUUUGUUUGCUACGAUGGUAAAGAAAACUCCUCUCAGAAUUAUGUUUGGAUAUAUGAGUACAGGACCUGGACUGAAGCUCAGAGCUACUGCAGAGAGAAAUACACAGACCUGGCCAGUAUGAGGAAUGAAACAGAGCGUCAACAGAUACUGAAUGUUACACUUUAUCGUAAUUAUGUAUGGAUCGGUCUGUACAGAAACAGACUGUGGUCAGAUCAGAGCAACUCUUCCUUCACAUAUUGGCUUCCGUGGACUGAAGAAGUUGCUGCACAACCAGAUAAUGGUAUAAGUCUCCCAGGACAGUUGGGAUCUCAACACUGCACAGCUGUGUCUUUACAAUACUUUGGCCAGUGGACAGAUGAGAGCUGCUUUGCCAGUUUGCCUUUCUUCUGUUACAGUGAUAAGUAUGUGAUGGGACUGAGAGUGAAACUUACAAGUGUAGAAUAUUUAUCACAGUCUCAGAUUGAAGAGCUUGUGAUUAUACAGCUCCAGGAAGAAUUUAUCAGACAAGGACUUCCCAGCAACUUCACCAUGCAUUUGAGAAACUAUCGUAAAACCAGUCCAUGAGAAAUGAUGACAGCAUUCCUGCAAACAAGGAAAAUUGUUUUAAUGUUUUAUCAAACUAUCACAGUACUGUACUUCACUGUUUGAGAGUUUUGCAAUACUAUGAUAAAUCUGAUCUUCUGAUCUGAAUCUGAUCAUAAGUUAUAGAUU